GACGAUUAUUUCCGCACUUGGAAUCCAGGAAAGGCCUUCGAUCAGGCUUUAGACCCAGCUAAAGAUCCAUGCUUAAAGAUGAAAUGUAGUCGCCAUAAAGUAUGCAUUGCUCAAGAUUCUCAGACCGCAGUCUGCAUUAGUCACCGGAGGCUUACGCACAGUAUGAAAGACGCAGGAGCAGGCCGUAAGCAGUGGAGGGGCCCUGUCUCAUCCGCCUGCAAGCAGUGCCCAGCGGUCUAUUCCAGCCCCGUUUGUGGCUCAGAUGGUCAUACCUACUCUUCACAGUGCAAACUAGAAUAUCAGGCAUGUGUCUUAGGAAAACAGAUCUCAGUCAGGUGUGAAGGCCAUUGUCCGUGUCCUUCUGAUAAGUCAGCAAGUACAAGCAGAAAUGUUAAGAAAGUGUGUAGUAGCCUGGAGUUCAGGGAGCUGGCAAACAGGUUGCGGGACUGGUUCAAGGCCCUUCAGGAGAGUGGGAGCCAGACCCAGAAGACGAAAGCCUUCCUGAGGACUGAGCGGAGCAGAUUUGAUACCAGCAUUUUGCCAAUUUGCAAGGAUUCACUUGGCUGGAUGUUUAACAGACUUGAUACAAACUAUGACCUGCUACUGGACCAGUCAGAGCUCGGGAGCAUUUACCUUGAUAAGAAUGAACAGUGCACGAAGGCAUUCUUCAAUUCCUGCGACACAUACAAGGACAGCUUGAUAUCUAACAACGAAUGGUGCUACUGCUUCCAGAGACAGCAAGACCCACCUUGCCAGACAGAGCUCAGCAACAUUCAGAAGCGGCAAGGAAUAAAGAAGCUCCUAGGACAGUACAUACCCUUGUGUGAUGAAGAUGGUUACUACAAGCCAACACAGUGUCAUGGCAGUGUUGGGCAGUGCUGGUGUGUUGACAGAUAUGGAAAUGAAGUCAUGGGAUCCAGAACAAAUGGUGUUGCAGGUUGUGCUAUUGACUUUGAGAUCUCUGGAGAUUUUGCAAGUGGAGAUUUCCAUGAAUGGACUGAUGAUGAGGAUGAUGAAGAUGACAUAAUAAAUGAUGAAGAUGAAAUGGAAGAUGAUGAUGAAGACGAAGGGGAUGAUGAUGAUGAUGAUGGUGAUGAUCAUGAUGGCUACAUUUGAUGGGAGCCGAGAUCAAAUAAAUUUCACAUUUCUAUUAUUUACAGAGUGAGAGCUUAUUGAGAAUUACCUUCAUGCCCCCAAAUAAAAUGAUUCUAAAACUCA